AUGAACAACUUCAUCACUCAGAAGUCAUUUAUUCCGAUCUCCUACACUGGUGUCAAGAAACCGACCACCCUCGGUCAGUUACCCGGCAAAAUUCCAUCAAUUACACUGACCAGCGAAACUGUCAGCAGUGGCAAUGUGUUUUCAAUUACACUGACCAGCGAAACUGUCAGCAGUGGCAAUGUGUUUUCAAUUACACUGACCAGCGAAACUGUCAGCAGUGGCAAUGUGUUUUCAAUUACACUGACCAGCGAAACUGUCAGCAGUGGCAAUGUGUUUUCAAUUACACUGACCAGCGAAACUGUCAGCAGUGGCAAUGUGUUUUCAAUUACACUGACCAGCGAAACUGUCAGCAGUGGCAAUGUGUUUUCAAUUACACUGACCAGCGAAACUGUCAGCAGUGGCAAUGUGUUUUCAAUUACACUGACCAGCGAAACUGUCAGCAGUGGCAAUGUGUUUUCAAUUACACUGACCAGCGAAACUGUCAGCAGUGGCAAUGUGUUUUCAAUUACACUGACCAGCGAAACUGUCAGCAGUGGCAAUGUGUUUUCAAUUACACUGACCAGCGAAACUGUCAGCAGUGGCAAUGUGUUUUCAAUUACACUGACCAGCGAAACUGUCAGCAGUGGCAAUGUGUUUUCAAUUACACUGACCAGCGAAACUGUCAGCAGUGGCAAUGUGUUUUCAAUUACACUGACUAGCGAAACUGUCAGCAGUGGCAAUGUGUUUUCAAUUACACUGACCAGCGAAACUGUCAGCAGUGGCAAUGUGUUUUCAAUUACACUGACCAGCGAAACUGUCAGCAGUGGCAAUGUGUUUUCAAUUACACUGACCAGCGAAACUGUCAGCAGUGGCAAUGUGUUUUCAAUUACACUGACCAGCGAAACUGUCAGCAGUGGCAAUGUGUUUUCAAUUACACUGACCAGCGAAACUGUCAGCAGUGGCAAUGUGUUUUCAAUUACACUGACUAGCGAAACUGUCAGCAGUGGCAAUGUGUUUUCAAUUACACUGACCAGCGAAACUGUCAGCAGUGGCAAUGUGUUUUCAAUUACACUGACCAGCGAAACUGUCAGCAGUGGCAAUGUGUUUUCAAUUACACUGACCAGCGAAACUGUCAGCAGUGGCAAUGUGUUUUCAAUUACACUGACCAGCGAAACUGUCAGCAGUGGCAAUGUGUUUUCAAUUACACUGACCAGCGAAACUGUCAGCAGUGGCAAUGUGUUUUCAAUUACACUGACCAGCGAAACUGUCAGCAGUGGCAAUGUGUUUUCUGAUCGUCUUGGCUUUGUGGUCUUACCAAAAGAAAACCAAAACGUCCUUAGUGUACUUUCUUCAUUGACAGGUUUAGCUCGUUUAGCUGAAUCUUGCAUGUCAAACAGUACGUCCUUAGUGUGCUUUCUUCAUUGACAGGUUCAGCUCGUUUAGCUGAAUCUUGCAUGUCAAACAGUUGACUUCAAACAUUUAAUAAUUAAAAAAGUGUUCUUCAUUUACAUAAAUAAUUUACAGUUAUUGUUUUCUGGUGAAAUCUCAAAUCUCUGCAAACUGAAAUUGGAAGUAUUGUAAAAGUUUUGUUUUGAAAAGAUGAAACACUAAGCUUUAAUGUGAUCAACGGAGAUGAGGUGAUAAAAGCUUUAUAGAUUAAAUGUAGAAUUUGAAAAUAGAGGAAGAAUCGAUGGUUGAUGUUUUUACGCACUUUUCACAUUUUGCUUUAAAAUUUUGUUAUGACGUAUGAUUUAAAAUUCAUUAUGUUACCAUCCAGUAUAAAAUAUCCAACUGUUUACAAAAUUCAGCAUUGAUAAUCAGUUGCCAACUAAUCCUUGGGUUUUGCUCAUAAACCCUUGGGUU